UUGUGUUUUUGAGACGAGCGCGAACCAGGAACCAGCAAAGUGUUUGUUGCGUUAGUUUUUCGCGACAAUUUUAUUCGGAAACGUAGCAAGCAGUGGAAAAAUACAUUUCUGCAGAACAAACGAUUGUGAAAAGGACGUUUUCGGGCCUAGUGUUUGCUGUGCGUGUUUAAAUUUCUCGUGAGAACCCACCCCAGUGUUGAACGGGAAACCCAUCACACGCGCGUUACGUAGUGGAACAUUCUGGAAUCGAUAGCCUUGUUCCGAGGAGCGCGCACAGAGUAACCCGAAGCAAGAGCGAUGACGAAAGACUACUACAAAAUUCUUGGCGUUCCCAAGACGGCCAGCGACGAUGAGAUCAAGAAGGCAUACCGCAAGCUGGCCCUGAAAUAUCAUCCGGACAAGAACAAGUCCCCCCAGGCCGAGGAGCGGUUCAAAGAGGUGGCGGAAGCGUAUGAGGUACUGUCGGACAAGAAGAAGCGCGACGUGUAUGACCAGUACGGCGAGGAGGGCCUGAAGGGUGGAGUGGGUGGUGCGGGGGGCCCUGGCGGGCAGUCCGGCCAGUUCCAGUACAACUUCCACGGCGACCCGCGGGCAACCUUCGCGCAGUUCUUCGGCACCAACGAUCCGUUCAGCGUGUUCUUCGGCAACGACGGAGGGGCCAACAUUUUCUACCAAGAGAUGUACAAUGGCGGCGGCGGUGGAGGUGGUGGUGGCGGUGGCUAUAUGAUGGACGGUGACCCGUUCGGGUUCGACGGUCGCGGUCCGAUGGGAGGAGGAGGAGGCGGUUUCCCGGGCGGAGCCUUCCGGUCACAGUCGUUCAACGUCCAGGGAUCGCCACAGCGAAAGCAUAAGGUCCAGGAUCCGCCGAUCGAGCACGAUCUGUACGUAACGCUGGACGACGUGAACAGCGGCUGCCAGAAGAAGAUGAAAAUCUCCAAGAUGGUACUGGGCCAGGACGGAUCGGCCACCAAGGAGGAAAAGAUCGUGAGCAUCAACGUGAAGCCGGGCUGGAAGUCGGGCACGAAGAUAACGUUCCCUCGCGAAGGUGACCAAAUCCCGGGAAAAGUUCCGGCCGACAUCGUGUUCAUCAUCCGCGACAAACCGCAUCCGCACUUCAGGCGCGAAGGAAGCGACAUCAAGUACACGGCAAAGAUUUCUCUCCGGCAAGCCCUGUGCGGAACGGUCGUGAACGUGCCGACCCUGGGCGGCGAAAUGCUGUCCAUCUCGACAAUCGGUGAGGUUGUGAAGCCGAACACCGUAAAGAGGCUGCAGCACCGCGGGCUGCCCUUCCCCAAGGAACCGAAUCGGAAGGGCGAUCUGCUGGUUUCGUUCGACAUUCGCUUCCCGGACACGGUCGAUACGAACACCCGCGAAAUACUCUCCGAUCUGCUGCCAAUGGAUGCUUCCUAAAGUGGUCCGAUGGUGAUAUGAACGAGGCAGUAGGAACGACCCCCCCGCCACCACCCCCGUAUGUUGCAACGAGAUAGAGAGUCAAACAGUCUAUUCUGCGUCGCGUUUCAACUUCAUCGACAAAACCCUGCAACUAACAACAAGAGCUUGCAUUUGUGGGGCGGACCGUUAUUCUCGAAGGUGCUUUCAAACUACCCCGUCGACGGAGCCAAAAUUAUCGGACCGUUAGAAGCACCACCACCUCCUUGGGAAGGAAGAAAGAAGAUUCCACCCUAAGCGAACUGCGACGCGAGAGUGGACGGACCAUCGUUGGUUGCAUUUGGCAAUCCUGCUCAUUCACGGUGUUGGCGGGUCUCUUCGUGAUUAUCACAUGCCCCGUACGGAUGCGUUCAAACGGCGGAACCAGUGCAGGAAAGAAGGUUCUAGCAACGCGAAAGGGGAUCUCGCCAAUCGCUCACUUCGGCCGACGCUCCCGAAGCAGCUGCGCAGCGACCGUGAGUGACCCCGUGAGUAACUCGUUGCUUACGUGCCAAAGUACGGGUGUGUUUGUCCGUGACACGGUAAAACGCGGUCAGGAGGGGCAGCCCCACGUUCCGGGGGUACUAUUGUCGAUUGUUCCCGAACAUCAUGGCCCCUCCAAUCGGCGGGUUUGUCGCGCUGAUUGCGAAUCACCUGUCCACUGCCCCGGCGGCGAUGAAAGUAUUCAAAUCGUUGUGAUCGACUAACACAGAGAGGGUGAUGCUUUUCCAGAGAAGAUUCGAGAUCAAAUGUAACGGCGAAACAUAGCCGGAAGAGUAUGUAAAUAUACGUGAGGGUUCGUCGUAGCGGCAUACAUAACUGUUUCAAACCACGUUCAAAUCCAAAGCAAAUCAAAGAGAUAAAGAAGAGUAAGAGCAAGAGUAGUACCUUUAUCUUUCGCAGAGGUACGACGGAGUCUAGGGAUGUGAAGUUAGUAGUGUGUAAAUAUGGCAAACAACCGAUAGUAGUAGAGAAGACCGAGAGGCAGAGAGAUGAUCGCAAGGAUAGGGGACACGCAGUUCAAAUCACUGUACCAGAGUGUAGGACAGGGAAGUUGUUCCUGCUCUGCUUAAUUUAUCCAACCGUGAUUAUUAUGCUUAUCAUUGUUUUAAGUUACUUUCUUUGAUGUCCCAAAUCCAACACAAAACACGUACGCGGGUAUAUGGUCCACGUGGAACCGAAUAUUAUACCGUUGUUGAGGGCACGAUCAGAUAGAAGACAGCACCCCCCGGUGAUGCCUUCAGCCCUCCAUGUUACGCUUAUCAAUCGGCUAAACAUCGUGAAGACUUACUACUCUGGCAGUUGCGAAAUGUCUCACCAUACCUUUGCGCCUUUCGGCGCCGCUUGCUGUGUGUUUGGUUAGAGUAAAAUUAAAUUUAAAAUAUACUCAAUACAAAGUACGUUAUAGUACGAACAGGAACGUUUGACGAUCGAAGCAAAACAGUGGAUUUUGUUGUUUCAUUCAACUUCCUUUGAUUUAUUAGAAAAUGCUUAUAUUAUAUUCACGACAAUUGGAGAUGUUCGAGAUGUUGUUAAAUAAAUGAAACGGAAUGAUC